CGGGGUCAUGAUCUUUGACUAAUCUAGGGUCAAGGUUACAGUUGUUCUUGCUGCGGUUACUGUCUUUGAGGAUUUACGUCGUCUGCAUCCAGCAGUAGCAGAAUAUAAGCAACUGAAUUUAAACAUCCCUGAACUCAACAACUGAAGACUUAACACCAAGCUGGAUGCUUGUUGUUCCCUUAACUACACUGUGGAGAAAAUGUGAGGGGAAAUGAGCAACUGCGUUUCGAGCGGUUUCGUGCAGACCUCUGCAGCUUCCAGAAGAAAACGUUUCUGCUUCUUUGAUGUUAACACCCAGUAGCACUGGAAGACUUGCUAAGCUGUAUAAAAAUAUUGCUUUUUUCUUCGUGUUUAUUACACGUACAGGAAUGGCUUGGCGGUCUAGUGGGAGUAGCAACACCAACCUUGUAGAUAACUUGCAAAAAAAUGGUAUCAUCAAGCAUGCCAAGGUGGCAGAGGUCAUGAAGAUAGUUGACCGGGCCAACUUCUGCAAAUAUAAUGCGUACACCGAUUCUCCACAGAGCAUUGGCUAUGCUGUAACCAUCAGCGCGCCACACAUGCAUGCCCAUGCAUUGGAGCUCCUGGCAGAUCACCUGUAUGAGGGCGCCACAGCUUUGGACGUUGGUUCUGGCAGCGGAUAUUUGACAGCUUGCAUGGCUCUCAUGGUAGGAGAGUCUGGGAAGGCAGUGGGAGUUGAGCAUAUUGAAGAGCUUGUCAACGAGUCUAUGGCCAAUGUCAAGAAGUCCCGAGCGACAGCCCAACUGCUGGAGAGGGGACAGCUGAAGUUUGUGGCUGGGGAUGGUCGCCAGGGCUACGAACCUGAUGCUCCUUAUGAUGCUAUACAUGUGGGGGCAGCAGCUCCAAUUUUGCCAGAUGCUUUGGUGGAGCAGCUGAAGCCAGGUGGACGCCUCAUCAUCCCAGUGGGGCCGACAGGGGAAAACCAGAAGCUCAUGCAGAUUGACAAAGCUAUUGAUGGCACAGUCACGCGCAAAAACUUGAUGGGUGUGAUUUAUGUGCCCCUUACCAGCAAGGACAAGCAGUGGCCCAGGUGCACUCCUGUAUAAUCUUGGGAGAGGAAAGAAGUCACAUGAUGACUUGUAAAGCACCAGGAAGUGGUAGCAUGUGUGAAUUAAUUCCCCACUUCUCAUACCUUCAUUGUUGAUAGCAGCAUUCUGAGCUUCUUGGGCAGUGAAGGAAUCUCCAGGCUGAAUUCCCCCCCCCUGUGCCAGUGUUCUACAGAAGUUGUGCCAGGACUGAAUUGAGUAACAAUAAGUAACUUGUGAACAAGUCUACGAACUUGUAAUGAGUAAGACACGUGAACUUUCAGUGAUAUUGUUGCAAAGAAGGAAAAGAAAGACUACUGCUAAUACACGUCGUAAGACAAUUUCCUUGUGCUUGCUCUUGCAGCUUUGAUAUUUUUGCUUGUCAAAGACGUAAUUUUAUUGUGCUGUCUUGCUGCCUGUCCAUUGCAGUGCCAAAGAGGGGACAACAGAGAAUUGGUAGACAUCGGUGAUGGUGGGACAACAGCUGAAUGUGGAUGUACAGAAUGUAUAAGCAUAUUAUGCCAUGCAGUACUAAAUGAAAGUUGCUCUUGGCUUUGCUCCGAGUUGAUGUUCAGUUAUAACAUACAGUAUAAGACAUUUUUGUACCCUGACAUAAACUAUUUUCAGUAUCAUUAUAGAGGUUUAAGGGUGACAACUCUGGGUCUGCCUCUGGUAGCUCAAGUGUACAUUUUCUGAGUCGGAAGCUGCAAAAGUAGAACAGAGCAGCUGAAUAGUCAGGAUGUGACUGAUACCUCACAAAAUAUAUGUGCUUUGCUUCCCUUGACAAAAUACUUUACAUAUCUUACAGAGUCUUUCAAAAUGCAGGCUUAUCAGUGACCGUGUAUCUAGCAAUGCUAUACUGGAGCAGCUUGUUCAAUCUUAAGAGCCUUUUAUAAGGUGUUGCUUGAAGUAUUCAGGUACUUGCAUUGGAGGAAUUUAGGAAUUUAUCUCAUGAUUGGUAGAGUCUGGACACAAACUCUUCCUUGAUGACACUACAGUCUCAAUUGCACACCAGUGCUCAUGAGUUUAGAGUGCAGAUGGGUACUUGCCAAAAGUCUAGAAAUCACUACAGCAAGACAGUUCUGAAGAUUUAUCCACAAACUGUUCACAUAGAUGGUUCUUGCAGUUACCAAUGUUAUGGCCUCUUUUAUUUUUAACACGCAAUAUAGAUGUUCCACACACAACUCCUGCAUAAAAGAUUAUAAUCUCCAUUGUAUGAUCCCAAGGUUUUGUUGAUCAGAUUGAUUUGAUCUGGUUAAGAUGGGUAAUUCUGAGAGAGGUGCUGCAGUUUUGGCCUUGUAUCUGUUUUCUUAUAUUGUCUCUUUUUUGCAUUCAUAAAAAGGCCUAUAAUCUGCAAAAGAAUCAGAAGGGGCUUGGAAGAAAGAAAGCCCCAGAAAUUGUCCCCAGAAAAUGCUCAUGCUGUUUGUUCACUGCUGAGCUUAUUCACUACGCAACAAUGUGUGCCCUCAACCCCAGUUUAUUCACUCUAUGAUGGUGAGUGUGCCCUCAACCCCAGCAAGAAGCAGCUUAUUUGAAAGUGUGCCUUGCAGCCAUCUAGCUCUUUCUAGCAUUCUUUGGAGGAAAUGUUAUAAGCUGUUUUUCCUCAUUCUGAAUCUGUUUGAACUAAGGUUUAUAUAACUGUGCAAGAUGUUUCAGCAGAUUGAUUAGAAGUCCAGGUGUGUCAGAAUCUAUGCUAAUAUUUCUUCCAGUUUUGAUGGAGAAUUGUUUUCCUCGCUGCCAUUUUGCAUUGUAAAAUAACCGAAAAGGGAGUGCACUUUGCUGUGCAAACUUGUUAAUAGUUUUAGAGUGUUAGCAUGUUUUGUAAAGGUCUGGCAUAAUUAUUUUCUGCCAAGGUGUUCUUGCACAGGUGCUAAGCUUCUGUUUCUUGUUCCGUCACAAAUAAACAUUUUCAGUGGCA